AUGCCAACAGCAGCGCCUCCGAAUUAUGACAGCAUCGUGGAGACGCGGGGUGCAGAUAGAUCUGCCCCCGAUACGAAUCCAACGCCUGCGCUCUCACAUCGCAUGAAGCACGACAAAUCGAUCCUCGCGUUAGUAGUAUCGUCACAGUACAUCUUCGCCGGUACUCAGGGAGGGGAGAUCCUGGUGUAUAGCCUCGAUACCUACGAGCGACGCAGCGUCAUACAUGCGCACAAGGGCAGCGUACUCGGCUUGUGCUUAUCGCAUGACCGCAAGUGGCUAUUCUCAAGCGCGGCAGAUCCAAUCGUCAAUGUCUGGUGCACGUCAACUUUCAGGCACUUAUACGCUCUAUGGUCGCCAUACGAUAUCGGAGACAUCUUUUGCGUCGCAUACUCGUCCCACCAUCGCACUGUUUAUCUCGGGGCUCAGAACACAAGCAUACAAUGGUACGAUUUGAAAGAGAAAGAUACCCGGCCGGCUCCAAGCCUCUCAUCGCAUCCUGCAGAACGAAAGAACAAGUUUUUCGAUUCUCUUGGACCUGGCGGCGCGCAGACCCCGAAGCCCAGCGGAGCAGAUACAAGGCCGCGAGACGCAGUAGGCGGGCAAGAAUUGCAGAUUGACAGCCAUGAUAUCUGCCAAUUCGCCCACUACGGAUAUGUUCAUUGCAUGCUCUUGGGAACCGGCAUAAUACCAGAAGCGCCAUCCGAAGAGAUUCUGGUCUCAGGUGGAGGAGAUGGGCGCAUCUUGUUAUGGCGGAUAGACCCUGCGCAGCGUGGUGCUAUCACAAGCAUCUACACACUGGAGGAUGGAAGAGAGGAAGGUGAAUCUAUACUCUCACUCGCCCGAGAAGGUUCCUUCCUUUACAGUGGACGGUUCGACGGUGAGGUCAACGUAUGGGACCUUGAGACCCGGCAGCUAGUGAGAAGUCUGAAAGCAACUACUGGCGACGUGCACACUUUGGCAUUAGGUGCUGGUGUUCUUUAUGCUGGUGGUAAAACGGGUGUCAUGCAAAAAUUCAACGAGCACUAUGAGAGCAUCACAUCCUUCAAAGCACACGACGGCUUAAUUCUCGCUUCCGCCUUCACCCGAUACAACGACAAGCCGACACUCGUUACGGGCGGCAACGAUAAUACCGUGGUUAUCUGGGAAGUUAGAGAUUGUGCGGAGCCCAAUGCCGUCUCACGCAGAAAUAACAAUGAUCUCAUGGUGGAGUCCCUGAGCCAGUUCGUUUCUUUUCGGACCGUAUCAUCGCUGCCCAAAUAUCGCGCUGACUGCCGCAGAGGGGCGUCUUACUUGCGCUCCGUUUUUCAAAACUUUGGCGCCGUGACUGAAAUGAUCAACACGAGCGAGUACAACCCAAUUGUAUUUGCUAAGUUUCGCGGUAAUCCGGCUACAGCGGCCUCACGUAAGAAGAUUCUGUUCUAUGGGCACUACGAUGUCAUCCCCGCAGAAAACGAGCACCGCAAGUGGAAACACGAUCCCUUCGCGCUGACUGGAGAAGGAGGCUACUUGUAUGGUCGGGGCGCUUCUGACAACAAAGGACCGAUCAUGGCCGCCAUCUACGCGGCCCAUGAGCUCGCCAAUGAGCAGAGCUUGGACUCCGACAUCAUCUUUCUGAUCGAAGGUGAAGAGGAGAGUGGCUCUCGCGGGUUUGAGAAGGCUGUGCAAGCUAGGAAAGAUCUGAUUGGUGAUGUUGAUUGGAUCCUCUUGGCUAACAGUUACUGGCUUGACGAUCACGUACCGUGCCUGACCUAUGGGCUUCGGGGAGUGAUACACGCGACCGUGCAGAUUGAAAGUAAGCAUCCUGACUUACACAGUGGUGUAGAUGGAAGCGCUUUGCUGGAUGAGCCCCUCAAAGAUCUUGUCAUGCUGCUUUCACGAUUGACUGCGCGUCAUGGCAAGGUUCAGAUACCAGGCUUCUACGAUCCCAUCCUACCAUUAACGGACGAUGAGAAGAAGCUCUAUACUGAGAUCACCAAAACGCUGUUACGCAGUAAUCCAGAUCUUGGCGAUGCAGAAGAGCUAGCACAGUCACUCAUGCGCAGAUGGCGAGAAGCUUCGCUCACCAUCCAUCGCUUCCAAACUUCUGGUCCCGACAACUCGACUAUUAUUCCUCGCCUUGCCAAGGCUGCACUUUCCAUACGAUUGGUGCCGAACCAGGAAGCGGGCGACGUAGCAGAAAGUCUAAAGUCCUUCUUACAAUCCGAGUUUGAAGAGCUUGACUCGAAGAACCAACUCGCGGUAACAAUAGACCACCAAGCUGAACCUUGGCUUGGUGAUUUCAACAACGAGAUCUUCCAGACGCUUGAGCGCGCCAUCAUGUCAGUAUGGGGUCCAACACUUGGACAGAGACGAGAAAGUGUAUCUGCAAUCAAGGCACCAGACUAUUUCUCGCCAUCAUCACGAGCGACAGCCGAGCCGCCGACACCUACUACUAAAGACAAGCCCGCGCCUGCGACAUCGAACACCCUUGCCAACUCAUCCGACCCAGCGCUCUCAGGACCUGUUCCGUCAUCCGGCACUUCGACGCCUGACCACACACAAAGCGAAGCAGUAUCCCGUAAGCCUCUUUACAUUCGGGAGGGUGGUUCUAUCCCUAGUAUCAGGUUUCUGGAGAAGGAGUUCAACGCACCAGCUGCGCAUCUACCCUGCGGCCAGGCAAGUGAUAGUGCGCAUUUGGACAACGAGCGAUUGAAGCUAGUGAACUUGUAUAAUAGCAAGAAGAUUUUCAAGGAGGUGUUUCGAGAGCUGCCGAAAAAAUGA